AUGGCAAGAGCUACGUAUAAUAAAAAGCCAAACAGCAAGACACCAAGAGACUUUCCGCAGAUGAGACACGGAAAGAGAGAAAACAGAGAAGACCCAGCAAACUUCAUCAAGCUCGGCGAGUUCUCCCACCCAGUUAAAAACACAAACAUGAUUGUAAUAAAGCUCACAGAAAGCGUUAUCCCGUACUUCAACGCGGGUGUGUACGGAGAGGGCGACAGAAAGAUAGCCGAUAUCCACGAGAUAUUUGGAAAGUUCAACGACCAUGUCUAUGCAAGCAUAGCAAUAGAUAGCAAGCUGGAUGCAUCAACGUACAAUGCACAGUCUCUCUUUCGUGCAGACAAGUUCAAGUGUCUCUCUUUUGACAGAGUGAAGGGCGCAAGCCAGAUGGCCAAAGAGGGCGUUGAGCCAAAGAAGGCAAAGAAUCUGCCACAGCAGUUCAACAGAGGAAGCAGCUCCAAGUUCAGAACAAAUGCGCAGAACGAGAGAGUAAAACAGUACGCAACAUCGCAGAUAAACAUGAACAGAAGAGACAGCAGAGACAAGGGAAAGAGAGAAGAGUUCAUGAGAAAAACAAUAGAAAAGAGAGGGCCGUCAGUUAAGAUCCACAAAAAGAAAACGUUCACAUACGAUGAAUAG